ACAGUCCCCAGAUAAAACGUCAGUUCCGGCGGAAUUGACGUUUCAUUUCCUAAAGGAACCUUCCGGACGAAUAUGUCAGUUUAGCGUCCUGUUUCCAUAACAACAGAGCAGCUCAACAGCGCAGGACACGGAAGCAUCAGUCACAGAGGAAACAUGUCGUCACCGCAGCUGGGCGUGGUCAGAAACUCCACGCUGACCAAUCCGCUGCUCAUCAAGCCACCUCUGGGUCAGACCAGGUCCAGAGGUCUGUCAGGUCCUGGUCCAGACUUCACCUUCGGAAGCAGCAGCAGCUCGCUGAGAGACGGCGGCGUGGCUGAAGCUCUGUCCAGCUGGGGGGUUCAGCCCAGACGUGCAGACUCUGCUCGACCGGUCGCCCUGGACUUCGUGUCCCUGAACCGGGACGCGGUGAAGUCCGGAGUGGUGACGUCCAAAGAGCUGAGUCAGUACCGGGCUCAGGUGGGCAGGACCAGGAGCCAAAACCCCGCCCCCAAACAGCAGAGGGGCAGGACUUCAGGGGGCCUGGCGGUGCCUGACGUCACGUUCGGGGUCAAAACCAGGACGCCGUCUCCGCUGUCAGACCUCCUGUCUCAUCAGUACGCUCGCCUGUGGCAGGACGAACACCUGAGGAAUCAAACCAGCAACUGCACACACCUGCAGAGGACAAACCCUCGCUGUAUUCCAGACACCAGGACCAGCCUGCUGAGGAGGAGCAGAGCUCCACCUGUCAGCCAGACUCCAGUCAGACUGCAGCACUUCACCCAGGUUCCUCCUGCUCUGAACACCUUCAGGGAGCAGGAGGACCGGGUGUUCAGGGUUCAUCAGUCCCACUUGGUGUCCAGGAGACGAGUCCAGGAUCUGGACUGAGCCGAGGACCAAACGUGUCUUAUAAACAUGAAAAGGCCUUUUCCUCGUGUGUCGAUCCUCCAGAGUCUGAGAGCCCAGUGAGCUCAGAGGGGGUCAUCUGGGUCCUGGGGGGGGGUCCCACAGGGCUCCACACCU